UGCGAAACGGCAUAAAAUUUGUGCAGGAAAGAACGGCAGUCCAUCGCCCUUCCAUACCAGCACACAUAAACACGGGUUGACAAUGAAGUACAAUUCUUUCCUGUACAUCUCUCCAAAAUAUCAUGGCUCAUGGAGCCGAGGUCGUCAGGGCUGUAUAAAAGUAAUGAAAAGGCUGCCACAUAGCUCUCUGCACUUUGGAGAUUAACUGUAGAGACGGCAGACGAGCAUCAACUGGAGAGCAGAAUGGAUUUUUUCCAGUUCCACUUUUGCCACCUCACCACCUGGAAAGAGAAAAAAAAACACAACACGACCCCGUGGACACCAAGAAGACCGCCCACUCUACACAAUACGCAGGACUUUGAAAACAUAACGUGGAAACAUUGAAUAUUACUUAUAAAUGUAAAAUCAGCUUAUAAAUAUUAAUAAGACAAUUUAAAGAGGAAAGCUGACACGGAAACCGGAACUGUUCUUUGUAGGAAGUGUGCUUUGUUAUAAUAAGUCGGAGCAAACGAAGCCAGAGCCGGAUGAUCCGUUUAAUACAGUGUUUGUUUUUCCCUUAUCGUUUUUUCUCGCAGUAUUAUCUUUUUUUUCAGUUUCACAUUGUUUUUUUUUAAACUGAAGCAAUUUAAGCAUCCUCAGUGCUGUAAGAAGGAAAAUGAAGCUGGAGUUACCAGAAUCAUUUGAGGAUGUUAUGGUCAUUUUCACUGAUGAGGAAUGGGAAACUUUAACAGUGCAACAGAAAGACCUGUACAGGACUGUUAUGUUGGACAACUACGAAACCAUGGCUUCAUUAGGUUUUCAGAUUCCAGGAGCCUAUUUGACAUCACUAGUCAAGACAGAGGAGGAAUUCCCACCACUGACUUGCACCCAGGAUGUGACUGAUGAGGAAAAUGAAAAGAAGAUUGGCCAUUUUGAUAUGCAUGAACAGUCUGAAUGCAAAUCGGAACUCCAAACAAAUCUUUCUGUUUCUGAACAGAUUGACAAAGAAGCAAGUCCUUUUCAGUGCAUUGCUUGUGGGGAGACUUUAGAAGAUGAAGUCUCUUUGAUUAAUCACUGGGAGUACCACAUACUAACAAAUAAUUUUAAAUGCCGUGUCAAUGGAGGCAGUUUACUGAUGAAUAACAAUGCAGAAGAUGGAGGCCUUGAGUGUGAAAUUUCACAGAUCUAUAUUGAGCCAUAUCCUGAAAAAUAUGAAUGCAGUGAAUGUGGAAGAUGUUUUAAACAAAGACACAGUUUCACGAACCAUAUGCGGAGUCACCAGAGAGACAGGCAUUUUAAUUGUAAUAUAUGUGGCAAAAGGUUUACAAGUAAUAAAGUGCUAAUUGACCACAUUUGGCUACACAAGAAAGACAAACCUUUUAAAUGUAGUUACUGCGAAAGUAGUUUUAGACGACAGUCUGAGGUUGCACGACAUGAACGCAUUCAUACAGGAGAUAAACCCUUCAAAUGUUUAUAUUGUGGUAUGUUUUUUACAUGGUCAUCUGCAUUAAAACGGCAUGAAGAACGACGUCAUAAAGGAAAAAUCCCUUCUAUUAUUGAAAAGGUUGAAACUUCGGCUCAUCUCCUCAAAAGUGAAACACCUUUUAAAUGUGUGGAAUGUGGAAAGUGUUUUGCUCGCAAGUCAAGUCUUAUAACUCAUAGUUACCUUCAUAUGAGUGAUAGGACUUUAGAAUGUGCAGUGUGUGAGAGAAAAUUUCUGUUCCAUUCUGAACUUUCUGUACAUAAAUGUUACGAUAAAGAACAACUACCUUACACUUGUAGUCACUGUGCAGUGCAGUUUGUACACCAGGUACACCUAGCAAGACAUAGUAAACAUGCUCACUCCGAUGAAAAACCUUUUAAGUGCACUACAUGUGUGAAAAGCUUUCCAACACACAAAGACAUCAUACGCCAUCAGCGUAUUCAUACAGGAGAAAAACCAUAUAGGUGUAAUUUUUGUGGUAUGGAUUUUACACAGCGGAAUAAUCUGAAACGUCAUCAGUGGAUACACACAGGUUUGAAACCUUUUAAAUGUCUUGAUUGUGGGAAGAGUUAUUGUCAGCAGGAUAAUCUUAAACGUCAUCAGCGAAGUCAUGAUAGAAAAUAAAAAAAAAAAAAAACAUUAAU